AUGGCGGGAGACAGAGCGUACAACCUUGGCGGUCCUCCGAGAAGGCCGAAGCUGCUCGUUACCAUCCGGCUCUAUAGCCCUACCGCCCCACCACUGUCCCAUCGUCCCACCGCCCCACUGCCCCACCGCUCCACCGCACCACCGUCCCACCGUCCCACCGCCCCCUGCGUCCCACCUCCCCACCGGCACACCGCCCCACCGGCACACCGCCCCAACGCUCUAUCGUGCCACCGCUCCCGCCUAUCCCACCGUCCCACCGAUCCACCGACCCACCGACCCACCGUCCCACCGCUCCACCGCCCACCGCCCCAUCGACCCCCACUCAGCCCACCGCUCCACCGCCCCACCGCACCACAGCACCUGCCCCACCCUACCACUGUCCAGCCGCCCCACCACACCACUCUAUCGCCCCAUCGCCCAACCAUCCCACCGCUCCACUGUCCCAGUGCUCCACCGCCACCACCACACCACUGCACCACCGCCCCACCGUCCCAUCGCCCCCCACCUUCCUACCGUCCAACCGCCCCCACCACACCCCUACCGCUCCACCGACCAACCACAGCUCCACCGACCCACUGUCCCACCGUCCCACUGCUCAACCGACCCACCGCUCUAUCGCCCCAUCACACCACCACACAACCCCCUAUCGACCCACCAUUCCACCGACCACCACUGACUUGCCAUUCCACCGCUCCACCGCCCCAACGCUCUGUCAUCGCAAUCCUGGCCCCAUCCGGCCCCACUGUCCCACCAUUCUAUCGCCCCACCGUCCCACCGCAUCCACCGCUCCUGGCCCCAUCGGCCCACCCACCGCCCCACCGCCCCAACGUUUCAAUGCCCCAUUUCCAUCCCAAUCCUGACCCACUGUCCCACCGCUCCACCGCCAUGGAGGUUUCUGGGUAA